AUGUCAACAAGCGGCUCCUCCUUGUCAGAAACCUGUUCUUUAGACAGUGCAUACUGGCGAAUUGUACGCCAUCAUGGCCGAGAGUUCCAGGAUUAUUCCGUCGAGAAAAUCAUAUAUCCAGUCCCAGUCGAUGAGGAUGAACAAGACCGCCUCAAUAGGCAGCACCUUGUCUUUAGAAAGAUAUUUGACGGUAGACUCAUCUUUCCCCCAGUAGAGGAUCCCAAGAAAAUUCUCGAUUGUGGUUACGGCUCGGGUGCGUGGGCAAUCGAGGCAGCUGAAAAGUACCCAGAUGCAGAGAUCAUCGCUGUCGACAUUUCUCCUCAUCUAAAGCCCGAAGAGACUCCAAAUAACCUUUGGUGCCAGGUUGACGACCUGAACGAACCAUUCAACUUUAAGCCCGAGGAAUUCGACUUCGUCCAUUCGAGGCUCGUAGCGCCGGGCAUCGGCAAAAGUCGGUGGACCGGCUAUAUGAAAGACUGCUUUAAAGUUUUGAAAGCGGGUGGUUGGUUGCAGAUGGUUGAGAUCUAUUUCAAUGUCCAAUCCGACAAUGGAACAUUGACGGAAGAACACGGGCUUCGAAGGUGGAGCAAGACUUUUCUUGAAGUAUACGAAGACAAGAAGGACCUACGGGCUCCAACAAGGUUGCAGUCUAUGAUGGAAGCCGCGGGGUUUGUGGAAGUACAAAGCAGGAUGAUGCCUCUCCCAUUGAAUGGGUGGUCUCGAGACGAAAGAGAUCGGGAUAUUGGCAACCUCAACUGCUCGAAUGCGAAAGAUUUAAUCAACGCCAUGGCAUUGUGGCCCUUUACAGAACGCCUCGAAAUGUCAUUAGAGCAAUUUUACGUCUUGAUUGCGAGGGCUCGUAGUGAGAUUGAUGACUUGAAUCUGCGUCCAUAUUUCCCGUUGUAA